AUGGUGUGUGAAAAGUGUGAGAAGAAACUGGGGAAAGUAAUAACUCCUGAUCCAUGGAAAGCCGGUGCGAGAAACACUGUAAGCAGCGGUGGACGGAAGCUGAAUGAAAACAAGCUGCUGACCGCCUCAAAAAACCGUUUUAACCCAUACACGAAAAACUUCAGACGCUGCCGAGUCUGUGCUCAAACGGUUCAUCAGCCGGGAUCCUAUUACUGUCAGUCAUGCGCCUUCAAGAAAGGUAUUUGCGCAAUGUGUGGUGUGAGGCUUGUGAACACCACUAACUACUGUCAGUCGCUGGUGUACUACCUGGUUCCACAAGCAAUAGAACAAUGGAAUGAAUGGGCUCUUAUCCGAACUGGCCGAGAUGAACUCGAUUGCAGACGUACCAUCAAGGUGAGAUGGCGCAAGUGGUUGGGGCGCGAAUUUACUGACCGGAAGGUCCUUGGUUCAAACCCGACCUCUGCUUGGCUUGGGCAACCUGGCAGUAUCCCAGCCCUCGGGCAACCUUCAGGUGGCAUGGCAGUUAGGCAUGGAAAGUGUGCUACAGCCGAACGACCAUAA